AUGAACCUGGACUUCGAUAUCUGUCUCCUCGGUGAAAGAGGCCUUGUGCAGAAGUAUGAGAUCCAGUCAUGGGCACUGCCGGAUUUCAAAGAAGCAGUGUUGAAAACACAAAGGAUCAUCGGCGAAACAGACGCAUGGCCAGCCUGUUUCGCCGAAAACCACGAUCUGCCUCGCAGUAUCCCAACAUACGUGACCAACGACCCACCACACCGCGCCAAAGCCGGCCGGCUCACGGCCUUAUUCCUUGCUACCCUCUCCGGCACCCUCUUCCUCUACCAAAGGCAGAAGAUAAGCAUGACCAAUUUCUCUCUUGGUUGGGUCCUGGAUAAGAUCUGCAAUGUUGACGCCUUGAAUUAUCGGACGAAAAUGAACAAGGAGUAUCCCACCGACACGGAAAUGCUGCGGGAGGUCAAAACUGCCAUCGCAAAAUUCGGCCGCGACAAUGCGAGGACGCCGAUGCGGUGGAGUGGGUCGAAGCUACAUGCUGGGUUUACAGCGGCCCAGGGACCGUGGGUAUCUAUGAAUGAGAACUAUAAGGAGGUUAACGUGGAAGUGGAGCUCAAGGCUGACGAGGGCGUUUCGAGGAUGUGA